GUGCAGCCCGUGCACACUAUCUGCAAAAACUCCAGAAAAUUAUCUCAAGAUAUCCAAGUUCGAAAUUGGCCAAGUAUCCAUUCAAACAGAAACCGCUCUUUUCGCGCUGUCAAUCAUUUUCUGCGCAUCUGCAGCUUCACCGACUCUAAUCGCAAACCGCCCCGAGACACCGUCCGUCGAAUCCCCCACAAGCUCCCACGCACAAGAAUCCACAAAUAUGCAUCUUAUGUACACUCUCGAUGCCUCUGGCAAGCGCAUCUACACUCUGAAGAAGGUCGUUGGAAGCGAAGUCACCAAGUCCGCACACCCCGCUCGAUUCUCACCAGAUGACAAGUACUCGCGGCACCGUGUUACAUUGAAGAAGAGAUAUGGACUACUUCUGACGCAGCAGAGUCAGUCCUUCCUCUGAGAUUACUUUUGGUUCGGCCUGUGCUAACGAAAUUACUUUGCAGAGGAUCUGAAAGUCUUGGGACAAUAAGAGUCGACCCAGUAACGGAAGUUUGUGGGUUUAGAUGGAGUACAUAUAUUCGAGGAAGCACGUCUGUCACGGUGGCAUUCGUUGGAGUAUAC